UCCGGAGGCAGGCGAGGGCGUCGCUUGGGCCCUAUAAAGCGCACGGGGCACCGGCUUCCCCAGACUCGGGUUCUCCGCGCCCCUUCCCACUCCCUCUAAUCUCCCUAGGGCGCCUCUAGCCCAAUCUCCCCAGCUUCUGGGGCGCACCAGAAUCUUUCUGAUAUUACCUCCGGCUCGUGGACAUGGCAACCCGGGUGUCCUGCCUCGAGGUUGCUCGCACGCUCCUGCUCGCUUGGGUCCUGGUCCAGGUCACCGGUGCCGCAGGCACUGAAGACAUAGCGGUAGCAUAUAAUUUAACUUGGAAAUCCACUAAUUUCAAGACAAUUUUGGAGUGGGAACCCAAACCUGUCAAUCACGUGUACACUGUUCAGAUAAGCCGUCCAUUAGGAGACUGGAAAGGCAAAUGCUUCUCUGUGACAGAAACAGAGUGUGACCUUACUGAUGAGAUUGUGCAGGACGUGCAUCAGACAUACUCGGCUCGGGUCCUGUCCCACCAGGUAGACGCCACCUCUUCUACUGGGGAGCCUUUGUUUACCAACGCCCCACAGUUCACACCUUACCUGGAGACCAAGCUUGGACAGCCAAUAAUUCAGAGUUUUGAACAACUUGGUACAAAACUGAACGUGACUGUACAGGAUGCAUAUACCUUAGUCAGGAGGAAGGACAAGUUCCUAAGACUCCGGGAUGUCUUUGGCCAGGACUUAAGUUACACACUUUAUUAUUGGAAAGCCUCAAGUACAGGAAAGAAAACAGCCAAGACAAACACAAAUCAGUUUUUAAUUGAUGUGGACAAAGGAGAAGACUAUUGCUUCCAUGUUCAAGCUGUGAUUCCAUCACGAAGAACUAACCAGAAGAGUCCAGAAAGUGCCAUUGAGUGCACCAACCAGGGGAAAGGUGUGCCCCGAGAAAUGUUCUUUAUCAUUGGCGCUGUGGUGUUCGCGGCCAUCGUCUUCAUCAUCGUCCUGACUGUGUCUCUGCACAAGUGCAAGGAGGCAAAAGCAAAGCGGGGUGGAAAAGAGAACUCCCCUCUCAAUGUUGCAUAAGGAAAAGCGCUGCAGGAGCUGCCAACUACUGCAAAGUUUAUAUUGCACUGUAACCAAGAACUCUUAAAGAGACUAGACUACAUAGAAACACACAGAAGGAUCUAGGAGCCUGGAGUCCCUCGGACUCAAAGAAAGCUCUUUAUAUGAUCUAUUCUCACAUUAGCAUUCUGAUUUCAACAUCAGCACUAGUUAUUUUAAUGUAACAAACGGUACAACCUAUUCCAAGUUUUAACGAUUUUUAUUUUAACACUACAGCACCUGUUGCACAUACCAUGCUUUUGACUGUAUAUUCUGCACUCAAGAAGAAACCAGGUUAUCUGAGCAAAAAAGCAAAUGAAUAAAUGUCUUAAAGAUUCCUGAGUGGACUGAUAGAGAACUUUGAGCAUCUGGCUUCAAGCCAUAUGGGAAAGUAAAAUGGAAAUUGGGUGGACUUUUAUAACUCAUCUGUCCCUUUAUAAUAUGGUAUUUAAUUUCUUCUCUUUUUGGAGUUUUUUUGGGAUCAAAACAUUUGAGAAACUUUUAUAUGAAUGCUUUAAAUACAGAAAUCUUCUAUUUUGGAUACAUCCCUAAUAUGCAUUAGAGUUUAGCACUUUAACUGACUUAAAUACUGUUGAUUAAAUACUUGACAGCUGGCUAUGUUUUUAUAUGACUACUACAAAAACUACAUAGAAUUUAUGAUCUAAGGUACUUAAGACUUCUAUGGUCAACAUUGUAUAUAUUUAUAUAAUUUUUUAAAAAGGUUUUGUAUAUGGGAAUUUUCUAUUUAUAAAGGUAAUAUUGUACUGUUUGUAUAUAUUGAGAUAAUUUAUUUAAUAUACUUUUAUAUAAAUAAAGGUGACUGGGAGUUGUCAUUAUUGUGUUUA